UGCUCGAAAUUGUUUUUAUAAAUCAAUCUUGUUAUCUAUUUGGCAUUUGCAAUGAAUUUUAAUUUAAAAAUAUUUUUAAAUUUAUGAAAAUUGGGAUUUUAAAAUAUCUAUAAAGUUCAAAAGUCUGAAGAUGACUUCGAGAAAUUUAACCGAAGUUUUUGUAAUAAUGCGUAAUAACGCUAUAAAAAAUAGACAUUUGUACAAUGAUGAUAGAGGAAGUGCAGAUUCUGAAAAACUAUUAAAAAGGUCUAUACAUGAUGCCGAAGAAGGCUUAGAAUUACAAGACGAUUGUGUUUCGCCACCAGUAUGGUUAGACAAACUUGAAGAAGCUCAAUAUACAAUGUCUAAAAUCAAACCGAAGUUAGAUGUGUUAGGUUCACUUCAUGUAAGACAUCUAUUAAGACCAAAUACAUUUGAUGAAACCAAUGAAGAAGAAGAUAUAGAUGAUCUAAGCCAAGAAAUUUCUAAGCUAAUAGCAUCAACACAUCGUCACAUUCAGUGUAUAAGAUCAAGCUUGGGAUGUGGAAAUAAAACAGAACAACAGCUUACACAAAAUGUUGUAACUUAUCUCUUGUUAUCCUUACAAGAUUUGACGAUAAAAUAUAGGAAUGGGCAGAACCAAUACUUAAAUCAAUUAAACUCACGAGAAGAGAGAUCUAAAAAAUUUUUUGAACCUACAGAUUUUACAACAAUUGACUUGAAUGAAACAGACGAAAAACAAAAUAAUGUUGAAACUUUUGAUAAUUUUCUGCAACCUAAAUCUAAUAAUGCAGAAAAUUAUUACGAUGAAGAAAACUUGGAUGAUCAAUUCCAAAAACCAGUGUCUGCAAAAAUGACACAGCAACAGCUAUUACUUUUUGAAGAAGAGAAUACAAAAUUAGCUGAGCACAGAGAAAUGGAAGUCAACAAAAUAGUUAAAUCGAUUGUUGAUUUAAAUGACAUAUUUAAGGAUCUAUCACACAUGGUCCAAGAACAAGGAACGGUUUUAGAUAGAAUUGACUAUAAUGUAGAGCAAACACAAGUAAGAGUCUUUGCCGGACUUAAACAAUUACAGAAAGCUGAAAUGUACCAAAGGAAAAAUAGAAAAAUAAUGGCAAUAAUGAUUUUAUCUGGAAUCACAUUGUUCAUGACGGUUUUGUUAGUUUUUACAAAGUUAUAAAUAACUAAUUUUGAUUAUGUAUUUUUAGAGCAUUUAAAUACCAUACAUAUAUUAUAUUUAUUGUAUCAUUAUUCUAUUUAUUGUAAAUUUGUCUGUCUAUACUAAAAUACACUCCAACCAUAUUUAAAAU